AUAAAGAAAAAUAUAAUUUAUAGAAGUUAUCAUUUUUAUAAAAAAUAGACAAUGAUAACAUUUUUCAAGUGAGAGUUAAAGUUAUUUAUGAGAAAUAUUGUCUGUAUAGAAUACAGAAUUGUAUAUUUUAUAUUUUAAUUAUUGUUAAAGUGCUCUUGUGUUACCUUUAAAUAUUUAAUAAUUGCAAGAGCCAAUGCACAGUGCAACAAAAUACUUAUUGUAAGAUAAAGAUAUAUACUUGAUAAGGAAGAUAAUUUUAAUUCAUAAAAAAAAUUUUAAGCAUCUGUCUUCUAUUCAUUCUCAUCUCAAUCAAAAAAAUGGCCAUAUUAAAGAUGUUAAAACGCAUUAUAUGUAAAAACAUUGCAACAUGUGGCUCAAGAUUUGUGGGCAUUAUGGGACCCCUAACCAUCCCACCAUUGCAGAUUGCAACUUUAUAUUAUUUUUGGCAAGAUUAUUCAAGAGUUGUAGAUAAACGGUAUUGCUCUUGUUCAUGCUGGGACACUGUAUUUAAAGGCUCAUAUGAAUCUGGUAUUGCUCCUUACAAGCAUAUGUACUUCAAUGCCACCUCAAAUAUGUUGAAAAUAUGGAUGCUUGUAGUGAUUGGAGUAAUUGCAUUUUACGAAACAAUGAAGCAUUUGGCAAGAUUAGCAAUCAAGCAGAGACUGAGACAAUCCAUGAUGCUUCUCUUUUCAACCGCCCUGUUCUCCAAUUAUUAUUCAUGGUGGGUUUACAUUAACUACUGGAACGACGAUUUCUAUUCCCAGUGGUACCAUCAAUUAUUCUUUUCCGUCACCGAGUUAAUAUCCACUGCCUGGGUCGUUCAUUUGGCGGAUAAAAAAAAUGCUAUAACUCACAGAAAAGCGUUCGGUAUAUCCGCAAUAGCUCUUUUGCACAUUAUGGCCGGUGGAUGGGAUCAGUUUUUUGUAAAUGUUGUCAGAGGAGAGGGCCACGCACAUCAGGUCAUACGCGAUCUGGGAUUCAUGAUUCCGGAUAUUCUACAUGUCGCCGUUCCAUUGUGGCUGAUUAAAUGGGAGAGCGCUUAUAAUAUUCAUCUUCCUAAUUCUUUAGCGUACAUGUCAAGUAUCGUAGUAAUCGGAUUAUGCAUUUGGUCAUUUUUAUUGUAAUCCGAUGAUAUGGGAAAGAAUUAACGUACUGGUGCUGGUAAUUUUUACUUAAUCCCAUUCUUCCUGAAUACAAGAAUGGCUUUAGGAUUAAUUUACUAUGUUCUUCCCUAAUGCGGAAUCUCGCAAAAUGUCUGACUCGGUCUAAUGUAAACACCAAAUCUUUUCGUCCUUACGAUAAGAUUGAUUGUUAUCGCAAAUUGUAACACGAUAUGCAUUUUAUUAACAUUACAAAGUUGCCCUACAUAUUCCGUGAUAGUAUUGUCGUCAAAGAAUGUGAAUUCUGAAAGCGAUUCGACUGAACUUGAGUUACGAGCUUUAUUUUAUUUUAAGUUAUCACAUUCUCUCAUUGCUUUAAUCUGUACCUUAUUGUUGUAUUUAUACAACUCUUUAUAUUUUAUUUUAUUUAUUUAUUUAUUUAUUUAUUUAUGAAAUAUUCGUACAUAUAUUUAUGAUAAGUUAUAAUUAUUUAAGUUUCGAGCAAAUUUUUAUACGAGAUUUGCGAGCGAAAGAAACCGCAUUAAAUAUAAGACUUUGUUAAUGUUGGAACCACGCAUCAAAAUUUAGGAUACGUUAUAAACUACAAACGGUAGCGUUUAAAGUUACUCUAAAUAAAUUUAAGUAUUAUACAUUGCGGACAUAUCACGAUAGAUAAUUUAUAUGAACAAAACGUUGUAUUUUAACAGACAAGAUUGUACAACUUACAAGCAGUGCUAACCAAAAUUAGUGUCCUAAUUCUCAUAGAAGUUAUAAUGCUUAUAAAGUGCCUACACAUAAUAUAUUAUUUAUAUGAUUAUUGUUAACUAAAGUUAUAAACAAUUUCGAGCAAAAGCAGUUUUCGCGUAUUUUAACGGCAACUACUGAGAAGGAGAGAGGGAGAGAGAGAAAGAGAAGAAAGAUAUGGCUGCUUCAAAAAUAUUGGUUUACUAAAAAAAAAAUUUUAGAGGCGUAAUAAUUUUUGAGUGUUAGUAAUAAUGUAAUACGAAACCCUAACAUGUUGAUUUUUUAUUUACAAUCUGAUAAGAAUUAAAAACUUAUUUUCCUUUCUGUAAUGAAAUUUUUGAUGAUUUACCCGCGAUAUAUUAUCUAUGCAUAGUAGAUAUACAGAUAUCCUGAAGGAUAAUGUGAAACAAUUAAUAAGCGCAGCUUAAAUCAACCAAAGCAUCAAAACUAAUUUUUAAUUAUUGUAGCGUAUUUAUCGUCGGAUAUAUUUCGCUACAAAGCCAUUCCCGAAAAGUACUUGAGUAGAUUUUAUCUAAUUCUAGAGAGACGUAUAAUUAUAGCAUAUGUAAAAUUAAAAUAUAAAAUUUGUCUCAUAAAAAAGACAAACUAGCAUUACGUGUAGAGUAAACGAUUGUGCUAAGUGGUCUAACAAUUGUUAAUUUAAGAAUCUGAUUCCGAUAGUAUUUUGUUAUCGAAUGUAAAAGAAAAAAAGAAGACAAAGAAAAAUAAAAGCGAUUAUCUAUGCAAAAAUAUGAAUUCGGCAAAAAUAUGUUGGUCUGAUUAAUAAUGAGAAUACAAUAAAGCGGCCUAAUUUCCAA